AUGGAAAAACUGGUGGAUUAUGACAAAAGCAGAGUUAACUUGGCGGUUACUAGAGUGGCUGAAAAUAGGAAAAAUGGCACUUUCAAAUUCCAUGGUGUCAAAUUCAAGCUGGAUGUGGACCUCUUCUCUACGGUCACAGAAAACAAAAGGCUGUCGGUGUCCUCGGGCAAAGGCAAGAGGAAAAGUGAGGAUUAUGGGCCCAGUAAGGAUGAGCAGAAACAAAGUAAAAAGCCUAAAAAAGGCUCUACGGAGAAAAAUGUGGAAGACACGGAUUUGAGCCAUAAACAUAAGGAUGUGGAGGUUGAUCCUGAGUAUAUGGAAAAAGAAGGUAGUGAUAUGGAGACUGAUGAUACUGAAAGGGAGGAGAGAUGGAAAGAUGAGGAAGAAAAACAGGAAGAGGAUGAGGGUAAUGAGGAACCUACCCAUAGUGCAAGCCCUGGUGAUCUCAACAACCAACCCAUGGAGGAGCCUGAUAACCAGAAAAAAUAG